AGCGAAUGAAUGGCCAGACAAUAGAAGAGUAGCAAUUGCAGCAGGAAUGUUAAGGAAAGAAGCAGCUGACUGGUAUAAUCUAACUCCUAGCACGCUUCUCAUCGCAAGAAAAAUUACAUAG